AGCAGAAGCGGUAUAACAUGACAGGCUCAACGUUGACUCCCGCCCGGCCAGCCUUCGAUACUUGAGACCCGCGGAUCCCUCAGGUACUCCCCCCCCUCCGCCUCCUCCUCCUCCUCCCCGCCUCCCCCGCCUCCUCUCCGGCCGGCUGUCCGCGACGAUAUGGACUCCGCCGCCGGUGCCUCCGCAUGGCCGCUCGACGAACAGCUACUCGAAUCCCCGGCCCGCAUCCUCGAGCGGCUGCGCCAGAUCGCAGGAUACACUUGGGACGAUACCCGACAGCCCUUCCACUCGACUUAUGACAACUGGCAAGUCUUCGGCACGCGGUUCGUCUCGCCUCACUCGACACGCCCGUCCGGCGCGAAUACCAUCACGCCCCCCGCGCCCUAUCACGCGGCCAACCCGCUUAUCGCGCCUAGUUUCAUUCCCUCUAGCCGAGCCUCAUCUUCAGACCAUCGUUCCCAUGUUUCCUCGUCAGAGACCGAGUCCAUCUCGGACCGGUCGUCCGCCGCCGCCACGGACGCCCCCGCCAUUGAGCAGCACGUGGUCGCAAGGGUGUCGUACCACGUUCUCCGCGAGGAGAGGGCCUUUUACAUCUCGAAAAGCCUAGUCUCCAGCGUCGACCCGAAAGGGGAGCGCAUGGUCAAGCCACUGGAUGUGAUGCGGUUGCCGUCGGCGCCCGGUGACCGAGGACCCAUCAUCGUUGCCAUCUAUGAGGAUCCCGGCCCGAAUUCUCUGGUAAAACUUCUGGAUUUUGGGCCCGCCUUUUACUUUGCCAAAAGAGAUAGUGAUCGGUGGGAACCACGUCGGAAGGUCACCCCCAGGCUAGCCCCCCCCAUCAGCCUACAAAACUUUCUAGAUUUCGCGAUUGGUGCCGCACAGUGCUUGGAGAUCGUGCAUCACGGGCAGGGUAUCGUUCAUGGUGAGAUCCGUGGGGACGCCUUCCAUUAUAACAUCGAAACCAACAAGGUCAAGCUGGUGUCGUUCGGGUCGGGGCUCCGAUCCUUCGAGCACGGCCUAACGAGCACGGGGUGGUCGGCCUUUUCCAAGGCGAUAGGUGUCAAGCACAAGCUACAGUACAUCAGCCCCGAGCAGACGGGGCGGAUGCCGGCCGAGCCGGAUACCCGCACCGACAUCUACUCGCUCGGUAUCCUGUGUUGGAGUCUCUUGACGCAGCAGCUCGUGUUCCAGGGAGACUCACCGCUGGACAUCGUCCAGGCUGUGCUCGGCCGGAGGAUACCCAGCGUCACCGCGAUACGCAUGGACGUUCCCGAGGUCGUCGGCCGCAUCAUUCAGAAGUGCACCGCCAAGAACGUCGCCGACAGGUAUUAUUCGGCCGGUGGUCUCCGCUACGACCUCGUGGCCGUCCAAAAGAUGCUCAGCGAUGGCGAUUCAGCAGCGCUCCGCGACUGGCCGAUAGGUUCCAGGGACGUCUCAUCUUCAUUCAGGCUACCAACCGGUAUGCUUGGCCGAGAACAGGAACGAGCCGAGUUCGUGAACCUCAUCGAGAAGGUCGCCAAAAACCACACCUUGACCCAAAACGGCACCACGAACCGGAAUUCAGACGCAUCGAGCUUUGGUACCGAUCUCAACGACGCCGCCGACGGCUCAAGCGACGGCGGAAGCUCGGCCGGUGGGAUAAACCGCCAUAGCCCCUCGAUCCCACAGGGAGACAACAAGUCCAAGUCUGGAUCCCAACAGUCUCCGCCCAUAAUCACCGACUCGGCGGCGGCGUCCCUGUCGACCAUGUCGUCGGGCGUCUCGACUUUGUCGGGUGGCCCUCGCCCCCCUCGUGCAUGGGACAAGCAUUCAUUGCUCGACAGCAACCAUACGGGUGAUGGCCACAAUUCGGAGGCUUCGCGGCAUAACGCCACCGUGGUGACCGAUUCUUCGUCCGCCAGCCUGGCUCGCCAACUCGGCUCGGCCAAGUUCAGGAGACAGGGCCAUUGCGAGAUCGUCCUGAUCGAAGGAGCCGGGGGGCUCGGGAAGAGCUGCCUCGUCCAGUCUGUUCUCCCAGACGCCCGCAGACGAGGCUACUGCGCGACGGCCAAGUUCGACCGGGCGAGGCGGACGCCCUUUGGGCCUCUGCUGAAGCUCCUCUCCUCUCUAUUCCGCCAGGUGCAGGGCGAGCGGAACACGGAGACGGCGUUCCAUCAGUCCCUGAAGCAUCACGUCCAACCGGUUUGGCCAAUGCUGCACAAAAUCCUAGAUCUCCCGGAAUUUAUCCUCCCGCCCCCGGCAGCCGAUUCGCCGCUCACACGUCCCUCUUCCAAUAGUACCCAGGCUCCUAGGCCCAACCUCGAAAAGCGCGGCUCCUCCCCAGACACCGCAUCCGUGUCAACCCCUUCCACCCUCCGAGCGUCCUCCGGCUCGGCGCCAAGUUCGCGUGAAUUCCUCCGUGCCGGCGCCUCGACCAAAACCAACCGGCUCAUGACUACCUUCCUCGAUGUGCUGAGGGUGUUCACCCAACACAAGUUCAUCUGCUUCUGCCUGGAUGAUUUGCAAUACGCAGACGAUGAAUCCCUAGAACUCAUUAGCCAGAUCAUUAGCGUCAGGUUAAAACUCAUGCUCAUCAUAACAUACCGCCCAGAGGACAUCGCUCCCGAGGCGGUGCGCAGGUUAUUGACCCCCCCCAAAUCGGACGACUUCCCCAAGGGCGGCGGUCCAAGGAUGACCAAGAUCACCCUCGCGCCGCUUGGUGAAGAGGACAUAGUUCGCUAUGUUUCCGCGACGCUCUCACUGCCCAAGGAAAGAGUCCUCCCUCUGGCCCUGGUCAUCCAAUCCAAGACGGCGGGAAACCCCUUCUACAUGCGGGAAAUGCUCAGCGCGGGCUACCGGAAGAAGUGCAUCUGGUACGACUACAUCACCGGCCACUGGAAGUAUGACCUGGAUAAGCUUUUUGAUCAAUUCCAAGGGGAGCAAGACUACGACGUCCUUGACACUGCCUUCAUCACCCGCCGCCUGAGCGAGCUGCCGGCGGCUUCCAGAACCAUUCUUGCCUGGGCCGCCCUGCUGGGCCAGACAUUCUCUUUUGAUCUGAUUUGCAAGCUGAUGAGUGGGCAACGGUAUGUGGAAGAUCGCCCAGAAAACCCGGGUGAGCCGUUGGUUGCCGCCUCCUGCGAGGUGGACGUCGUCGCGGGCCUCGAAGCCGCCAUCCAAGCCUUCAUCAUCAUCCCUUGCGACCGAGAUGAUCACUUCCGCUUCGCCCACGACCGCUAUAUCCAAGCCGCGGCUGCCCUCAAGGAGUGCAAUGCCCGGUCGAUGCACUUUGCGAUCGCGCAAGUGCUCCUCAAACAUUACUCGGGCGACCCGAUCCUGAAAGAUAAUGCCGCUUCCCAUAUCUGCGAGUCCGUCCACAUCAUCAAGAAACGGAUACCGCAUCGGCGAGCCUUCCGGAACUUGCUGUUUGAACGCGCACAUGAGGCGACCGAGAGCGGCGCACGUCCCACAGCGGCCAAAUACUUCAGUCACGCCGUGGCCCUGCUGCAGUCGAAUCCCUGGGAUGAGAGCGCCGAGGACGUGUCGUACAACGAGACUCUCCAGAUCUAUCUGCAAGCUGCCGAGUGCUAUUUGUUUAUGGGCCAUCAGAGUGCUGCCAGCGUGCUUCUGCAAACAAUCUUCGACCACGCGAGGACAGAUUUUGACAAGGCCCCCGCAUGGGUGCUGCAAUCGAGGAUAUUUGCCCAGGCUGGUGACUCGAACGAGGCCUUGGCUUCCCUACAACAGUGCUUGGUUGCUCUCGAUAUGGCCGUCGAUAACUCCCCGAGCAUGGAGAAGUGCGAUCAGCAUUUCGAGCGUCUGACUGAGAAAAUCCGGACAACGAAUCGCGAACAGGUGCUUAGCCCUGUUGCCACGCCGGACCCGAUGCUGGUAUCUAUCGGCGCGGUGCUAGCGGAGACGACGAGCGCCGGGUGGUGGACCGAGUGCGCUGCCUUCUACCAGCUGACUCUGCUGAUGAUAGAGACGCACUUCAGCCGGGGGGGCUACCCUCAGUCGGGCAUGGGCUUCCUGUACAUGUCUAUCGUCGCCCUGUCGCGGUUCAACAACGCCAAGCUGGCGGCCGAGUUGGCCGGCAUUUGCCUCGAGCUCCUAGAUAAAUCCCGCGAUCCGUUCUCUAUCUCGCGGGGCUACAUGAUAUAUGCCAACUUUGUCGGUCAUGUGCAGGAUCCCAUCGACGUGUCGGUCGGGCAGAUUGAGGGGAUGGUGGACUACACCCUGGCCGCCGGAGAUAGGAUAUCAACCAUCCUCAGCUUCGCGCUCGCAGCACAGCUAAAGUUUUAUGCCAGCGAGAACUGCGCCGAUCUCGAAGCCUUCUGCCAAUAUGGCUGCGAAGAGAUUCCCAACUGGCAUCUCGACACGCGCGGCGGCACGCUCCUCAUUGCUGUCAGACAAGUUUGCCGUGCGUUGCAAGGCAAGACUCGGUCCGCGAACCCCCUCGUGGUUAUGAGCGACGAGCACCAUGACACCAUCACUUACAAGAACUGGCUCAUGGCGAACACUAACAAUGGCGGCCGGUCGUUGCUGAUCUACGAAACCAUGGAGAUUGUACCCCUUUUCCUCUACGGGCACUACGACCAGGCGAUUGAGCUCGGCAAGGCCUGCCAGGAACGGGCGCAUCUUUUGUGGUCGGCUCGCAACACCAGGCUGGCGAUGCUCUUCUACGGCUUGGCUUUGGCCGGCGCCGUCCUUCGCCGGCUAGGAGACCCCCUCUCGCCAGGAGCAGAGGGCCUCAAGGAACACGUUAACCAGGGGGUCAAAAAGGUGGAGGAGCUCAGCAAACGCAUCAAAGAUUGGCAGGUUGUCGAUGACGUCAACUAUCUCGCUUGGUCGAAGCUGCUAGACGCCUCCGUCUCGGAAAUGCUCGGGAAUCACGGAAUAGCUAUCCGGCAGUAUGAAGAGGCGCUAGAUCAUGCCUCGGAGCACAAUUUCACCUUCGAAGAAGCACUCGGAAAUUACUUGAUGGCCAACAUCUUCAUCAGGAACAACGCGCGCCGCUCCGCCCGCUCCGCGCUACGCGAAGCCGUUUCCCUGUUCCGUCAGUUCGGCGCUACGGGCGUUGCGGACCAUAUCGAGAGUGACCACAGCAUCAUCCUUCAACGGGCCAUGCGGAACCCUCGCACGCUCGAUCAGGGGGUGCAGACCGACUUUUCUGCCGAUGCUGCGACCGUUCAGUACCGGAAUGUCGAUGACAACGGCACCGAGGAUGCCCAGCAAUCCACCCAGGCCGCCGUGGCCGCCCUGAGAGGCGAGCGCAUGUCGGCCUGGCGCGGUUCGAUGCAGCCCGAGGCCGGCGUCGGGUUGCCUGCCCUCGAUAUGAUCGAUCUGCAUGCAAUCCUCGUGUCUUCCCAGGUCAUUUCUUCAGUCCUGAGGAUCGACGAGCUCCUCAAGACCAUGUGCGACGUGAUUCUCCAAACGUGCAGUGGGUCCGCCACGCUCGCCGCCAUCGUAGUGCAGGACGAAGGGGCCGACGAGAAGGGCGGCGACUGGUGCGUCGCCGCCAGCGGUGACCCCGAGAAGGGCGCUGAAGCGCACAUGCCGGGCAUCCCGCUCAGCGUGACCGACCUCGUCGCCGAGAACGUCGUGCUCUACUGCACCCGUUUCCGCGAGGCCGUCUUCCUCCAGGACCUCCUCAACGACGAGCGGUUCGGCAACGUCGGCGAGUUCUGGCUGCGGCGGAAUCCGGGGAGCAAGGCUGUCAUCGCCAUUCCCAUUUGCCACGGGUCGAAGCCGCUGCUCGGUGUCCUCUAUCUCGAAGGCACCUCCGGCUCGUUCACGGACCGCAACGUCAGUGUCCUGCAGCUUCUUGUGAACCAGAUCGGCAUCAGUUUCUCCAAUGCGCUGGCCAUGAAGUCGGUCGAGAAGGUUUCGGCAGAGAACAUCUCAAUGGUCGCACUCCAGAAACGCGCCUUGUCCAAGGCGAUCGAGGCCGAGACCAAGGCGAAGAAUGCCGAGGCCGAGGCGAUCCGCAACGUCAAGCUUGCUGAGGAUGCGACGAAGGCAAAGUCCAUUUUCCUGGCCAACGUCUCCCACGAGCUGCGCACGCCGCUGAAUGGCGUUAUCGGCAAUUCCGAGCUGUUGAGAGAUAGCAACCUCAACAAGGAGCAGCUAGAGAUGGCCGACUCGAUCAGAGUCUCGGCCGACUUGCUGCUGACGGUCAUCAACGACAUCCUCGACUUCUCGAGAAUGGAAGCCGACAAGAUGAAGCUGUACAUCAUCGCUUUCAACCCAGAGGAGAUGGUGCGCGAAGUCGUCCGGGCAGCCUCGUACAGCAACAGGGAGAAGACGUCCAAAAAGAACGUCAAGAUCAUCCAGGAUAUCAACCUACCGCCCAUGCUCAUCUACGGCGACCCGAUCCGGCUCCAUCAAGUUCUGGGCAAUCUCAUUGGAAACAGCCUCAAGUUCACCGAGGAUGGAUCCAUCACCAUCGGCGCCCGGAUCGAACAGCAAGUCGAUGACAACGCGACGCUGACAUUCUGGGUCAAGGACACGGGCAUCGGGAUCUCGCCGCAGCAGCUCGAGAACCUCUUCCAACCGUUCAGCCAAGCGGACGCGAGCACGGCGCGCAAGUAUGGCGGAAGCGGCCUCGGCCUGAGCAUCUGCAAGUCACUCAUCGAGACCAUGAUGCAGGGCACGAUCCGCCUUGAAAGCCAAGAACACGUCGGCACCACCGCCUGGUUCACCGUUACCUUCGACAAGGCCCGACCGGAGGUCGUCGCCGGCGACGAACAGCUCGCCCCGCCCGGCACCCUCCCGGAACCCGUCAAACCUUACCCAGCCAGACAACAAAGCUCCCUCCUGCUCAAGGACCUCCCGUCCUCGGUCAGCGCCGCCGCCGCCGCAGUAACAGCCCCCGCAACCCCCGACCUCUCCAAGAUCCCCAAGUCGGAGCUCCGCAUCUGCAUCGCGGAAGACAACGUCAUCAACGCCCGCAUCGCGCUGCAGUACAUGCAGCGGCUGGGGUAUCCCAACGUGGACACGUACGACAACGGACUGAAGGCCGUCGAGGGCCUGCGCGAGAAGGCGCGCAAGGGCACGCCCUACCACAUCAUCCUCAUGGACGUCCAGAUGCCCGUGCUCGACGGCUACGAGGCCACCAAGCUGCUGCGCGACGACGACCUCGAGUCGGUCCGCAGGGUCCUCGUCAUCGCCAUGACCGCCUCCGCCAUCCAGGGCGACCGCGAAAAGUGCCUCGCCGCCGGCAUGGACGACUACCUCGCCAAGCCCGUCCGCUCCGAGGUGCUCAAGAAGAAGCUCGACGCCUACCUGCUCGGCGACGCCGCCUUGACCGCCGUGCCGAACGGGACCGCCGACGCGCCGCAUGUUGCGGCCGCGGCCGAGGUUGAGGCUGAGGCUGAGGCUGAGGCUGAGGGGCCCAAGGCUGCGACCGCGGCUGCGGUUGCGGUCGCCGCUGCCCCGGCUGCCCCGGCUGCCCCGGCUGAAGCGCAGCCGCAGGGCCGGGUCGUCGUCAAGAACCCACAAGCCAAUCCUGUGGGUUCGUGCGAGCCCGGAGAGGCACCGCCACCACCACCUCCCGCACCCUGUGGACCGAAAUCGGGUGAGAAGGCGGCGGAGGCGGAUGUGCGUGUCACGUCGGUCUGAAGACGGGAUCGGGGUGUGUGUGUGUGUGUGCGUGCGUGUGUUUGUGUGCUGAGCGAGUUUUUGUUACCUAUGCAUCCUGUCUGUCCUUUUCGCUUGCGGGGUUAUGGCUGGAUGGAUGGAUGGAUGGACGGGCGAAAUGGGCCAUGGGUACUGCAUCUGCGU